UCGGUUUCACACUAGUGAGUGCUACGUGAUAUGGCUUCUUCUAAGAGUGUCAUGUUCCAAGUUGGCUUACUUUCCGUCUGUUUGGGCAUCGCAAAUUCAGUUGACUUCAAUUACCCAGCAGUUUUCAACUUCGGUGAUUCAGACUCAGACACAGGCGAACUUGUGGCUGCUCUGGGCAUUCAGCUUGCCCCACCCAACGGACUCCGCUACUUUAAAACACCGUCUGGGAGGUUCUGCGAUGGUCGUCUAAUUGUAGACUUCCUCAUGGAUGCAACGGACUUGCCCUUCUUAAAUGCCUAUCUGAAUUCAGUGGGGUUCCCUAGUUUCCGGAAAGGUUGCGACUUUGCAGCAGCAGGGUCAACUAUCCUUCCUGCCUCUGCAUCAUCAAUCAGCCCAUUCUCCUUUUGGAUUCAGCUCUCUCAGUUUUCCCGUUUCAAAGCUCGGGUUCUUGAGCUGAUAGCUAAAGGUAACGAAUCUAAUAAGUAUGUUCCAGCAGAUGAUUAUUUCAAGAAGGGGUUAUACAUGUUUGACAUUGGCCAAAACGAUCUUGCGGCUGCAUUUCAUUCAAAAACAUUGGAUCAAGUACUUGCCUCAAUUCCAACGAUCCUGUUAGAAUUUGAAUAUGGAAUAAAGAAACUGUUUGUGCAGGGGGCCAGGCAUUUCUGGAUACACAACACAGGUCCUCUCGGAUGCCUGGCUGAGAAUGUUGCCAAAUUUGGAACUGAUCCAUCAAUUGUUGACGAGCUAGGAUGCGUCCGCAUGCACAACCAAGCUGCAAAAACCUUUAAUUUACAGCUUCAUGCUCUCUGUAGGGAAUUGCAGGGCCAAUUUCCAGAUGCCAAUGUCACAUGUGUCGAUAUCUUUACCAUAAAGAUAAACCUCAUUGCAAAUUAUUCUAAAUAUGGAUUUGCACAACCUAUUAUGACUUGUUGUGGGCAUGGAGGACCACCAUUGAACUAUGAUAGUCGAGUUUUUUGCGGGCAAACGAGGAUCUUGAAUGGGACUAAAAUAACAGCGAAAGGCUGCACUGAUAGUACUGAAUAUGUCAACUGGGAUGGCAUUCAUUACACUGAGAAGGCAAAUCAAUAUGUAGCAUCUCAAAUUCUCACCGGAAAGUACUCCGACCCUCCCUUCUCUGACAAAAUGCCAUUCCUUCUGACGCACAAUUUCUGAAGUUUCAAUACAGUUUUUUGUACCAAUCCACCGAACUAAAAACCGAGGGCAUAUUAUUUUGAUCUAAGUAUCUGUAUCUAUCCCACCUGUCAUCAUAUAUGAGUGUAAUUUUGUUGUUGGAAAGAGGGAACUUCCACAAUCCCAACUAUCACUUUCGAAAUUCAGGUGUCGUGAUUUCAUAAUAUAUUGAAAUCCUUUUAAAACCUUAAAGAUUUUACUAAUUACCAAAGCCCUUCACCAUUA